AAUAGAAUCUCUCUCUCUCUCUAAGGGAAUGGCAAUCAAACUGAAAAUUCGACUUAAACAGAAGGGCGAAACCGUAAAGUUGAAUCCGUUUCCAGUAGUAGGAAUGCGAUUCCCCUGCUUCGACGGCGCGUAUGAGCCACGCGCAUCGCCGGCCGGCCGUGGGCAGAAAAUCGCCAUAUUACGCUUUUUUUUUGGUAUUUCAAGUCUCCAUUCACACAAGUGGAGGUGAAACGAAUCAAUUGCUUGGAUGAUAGUAGAUAGUAUAUAUGUCAAAUGUUAUAGUCUCCGAAGCAGAGAGAUCUGUGCCUUGCUUUCGAUUACAUUCGCCGCCGGUCAAGGAGUCAUUGGAGUUUAGGUAGGCAAUUGAUUUGAUUCAGAUUCUACAUAUGGUGGUUGCCAAUGGUUUCGUAAGAGCGUAUUGCCUUGCUUUUGAGUCAAAAUCGUCUUACGUUGGCUCCUAUGGUGAUGUGGAUGUUCAACAAGAAGAGAGUUUUUGGAAGUGAAACGAAUCGUUUGUUUAGAUGAGAAGAGCGCCACUGAUACACGGCAAUGUUAUAGUCUCUGAAGCAGAGUUUUAUCUACGUGUAGUAGUCACAGCUACAUAGCUAACCUUUGCAUACCUGAGACAUAUAGGUUGAGUAAGCAUGUUUCAUAUGGAAGGAGGAGAUCCCUCACUCUUUCUAAUUGCCUUGAUGUUCUGUUCCAUUAGAAGGAAGCCAGAGGUAAUGCAAAGUGCAAACGAUUGAUUAUGUGCAAGCUGAAUUUGGUUUACUACUCCUUACAUAAUCUGAGAGUUUUCCAAGCUCAACUGCGAAAUCUGAAAUGCAAAAGUAGAUGCACAGUAACCUUUCUAGAGCAUAUUGAUGUACUUUUUUUCUAGGUGUCUUUGGAGGAUUAGCGUUUGAAGAAAAUAUAAAGAAGUGUAUAUUUAGUUAUUUACCACUAACUUUGAGUUUUGUUUUGUAAGUUUUAAUCACUUAGAAAUUUGUUUAUAAAAACAGGUUUCAAAUAUCACAGUAUGAUUGUGCCGUUACAUCAGUAUACAUUUAUUAUUCUAGACACAGAAGAACACUACGAUACAAGUUUCCUAUUUCAGUCUUGUACCUGCGACGAUACGAUCAUGAGAACACAUUCCAUGAGAGAUGGUGAUGUCAUAAUCUCUGAAGGGAAGAGGUUUGCAUUUGGAUUCUUCAGCCUUGGAGUUUCAAACCUCCGUUACGUCGGGAUUUGGUAUGCUCAAAUCUCUGAGCAGACUGUUGUAUGGGUUGCUAACAGAGACAGUCCCAUGAAUGACACAUCUGGGGUGAUAAGGUUCAGCAGCAGUGGGAACCUCUGCAUCUAUGCAUCAGCCAACACAACAGAACCUCUCUGGUCGACCAAUGUUUCAGACAGUGUCCUGGAACCAACUCUAGUUGCGAGACUCUCUCCUCUAGGGAACCUUGUUCUGCUUGACUCAGUUACAGGGAAAGGUUUCUGGGAGAGCUUUGAUCAUCCUACGGACUCUUCUCUUCCGUCUAUGAGGUUGGGUUUCACACGAAAAGACGGCUUGGAUCGCUUUCUAACGUCUUGGAAAUCUCCAGGUGACCCAAGCUCUGGAGCUUUCACAUACCGGAUAAAUCGCACGGGGUUCCCGCAGCUGAUUCUGUACAAAGGUCUGACCCCAUGGUGGCGUACGGGAUCCUGGACCGGGUUGGGAUGGAGCGGUGUGCCAGGAAUGUCAAGAAGAAGAGGCUCUUCUAUCUUCCAUAGCUCGUUUGUUAAUAACCAGGACGAAGUAUCCACAACCAACCGUGUGACGGAUGCUUCAGUCCUAACAAGAAUGAUGGUGAACGAGACAGGAAACGUGCAGCGUCUCACAUGGGUCGAAACGGAGAAGAAAUGGAAUGUGUACUGGUCGGUUCCUAAAGAGGAAUGCGACAAUUAUGCACACUGCGGCCUUAACGGUUACUGCGAUCCCACAGGUUCAGCAUCGUUUGUGUGCACAUGCCUACCUGGUUUUGAGCCGAAGAUGCCCCGGGAUUGGCUCUUGAGGGACACUUCCGGUGGGUGUACUAAGAAAAACAACGCUUCAAUAUGCGGCCGUGAGAAAGAAGGGUUUGUGAAGUUAAAGCGCGUGAAGAUUCCCGACACAUCAGUUGCAAGUGUGGAUAUGAACAUAACACUGAAGGAGUGCAAACAGAGGUGCUUAGGGAACUGCUCUUGUGUCGCUUACGCAAGCGCUUACCAUGAAGGUGUGGGGGGAGCAAGAGGGUGCUUGACAUGGCACGGCGAUAUGUUGGAUGCGAGGAUAUACAUGAACACGGGACAAGAUUUCUACAUACGUGCAGACAGGGAAGAGAUAGAGCGGUGGAACAAAGAUGGCUUAUUACGGAAGAGGAGAGUCCUUAUCAUUGUCAUCAGUUUGAUUGCAGCCGUAAUGUUACUAGCCGUCAUUUCGUUCUGUUACGUAAGGAAGCGACGAAAGUCGAACAGGGAAAGAAGAUCCUCAACAACCUUGGCUCCAGGUUCUCCAUUCAGAUUUGAAGAGGACCGGGGGAGAGAAUGGGAGUUACCUCUCUUUGAGCUUAACACAAUCGUUACAGCGACGAACAAUUUUGCUUUCCGUAACAAGCUUGGAGAAGGUGGUUUCGGACCCGUUUAUAAGGGCGUGUUAGAAGACGGUGCGGAGAUAGCAGUGAAGAGGUUGUCUAAAAACUCAGGCCAAGGGAUGGAAGAGUUCAAGAACGAGGUCAAGUUGAUAUCGAAGUUACAGCAUCGGAAUCUCGUGAGGAUGUUAGGAUGUUGCGUUGAAUCGGAAGAGAAGAUGUUGGUAUACGAGUAUUUACCAAACAAGAGUCUAGACUGUUUCAUAUUCGAUGAAGAGCAGAGAUCGGAGUUAAAUUGGCCAAAACGGAUGGAGAUAAUACACGGGAUUGCUCGCGGAAUCUUGUACCUUCAUCAAGAUUCAAGACUGAGGAUCAUCCACAGAGACCUCAAGGCCAGCAAUGUACUUCUUGACAAUGAAAUGAUCCCCAAGAUUGCGGAUUUUGGCAUGGCGAGAAUCUUUGGGGGCAACCAAAUCAGAGGAAGCACAAAUCGUGUCGUCGGAACAUAUGGAUAUAUGUCACCUGAGUAUGCAAUGGAGGGUCACUUCUCCGUUAAAUCCGACGUCUACAGCUUCGGAGUAUUGAUCUUAGAGAUCAUAACAGGGAAGAAAAACAGUGCGUUCCACAAGGAAUCUUUGAACCUAGUUGGACAAAUAUGGGAUCUAUGGAACAAAGGUGAAGCAACAAAGAUCGUAGACAAACUAAUGAACCAAAAGAUUUAUGAUGAGAGCGAAGUGAUGAAGUGCGUACACAUUGGGUUGCUUUGCGUACAAGAAAAUGCUUCGGAUAGACCAGACAUGCCCUCUGUUGUGUCCAUGUUUGGUCAUAAGGCCAAUGACUUUCCUCCUCCCAAGCAUCCUGCGUUUACGUCCGGAAGGAAGACACACGUCAAGAAUGACGACAGCACCUCCGGUGCUUACCCCAGUGGAGAAAAUAGCAAUUCUGUUAAUGACAUUACUCUCACUGAUGUUCAUGGCCGUUGAAAUAUUCUGAAUUGUCGAGAGAUCUAUCUUAUUUUGAUAAACUACUUCCAUAGAAGUGUGUGUUUUAGUUUUAAUUGCAACUACGUGUGAGACGUUGAUUAACUAUGAAAUAAGGAGGAAGCAGGAGAAGAAAUGGGGAAGAGUGGCGGUGGUGGUUGGCUCCCCGCUGAUGGAUCUGAUUGUUCCCAUGGUUUCUCCUCAUAUUACCUUUGUAAGACUUAUGAUCAUCAUACCCUUUCUUGAUUAUGCUUAUUGGCUGAUGAAUUUGCUGAAUUUAAUAUAUCCAGUCAUUGUCAACUUAA